AUGCCGCUUGUUCGCAAUUACGAUUAUGAUUAUGUCGAUGCACCGCGACGAUAUUACGCGACUCGCCGCAAUUUUCUCAACUCGACGAUCCAUGAUCCGACGGACUUCGAGGCUGACGAUUCGCUGGAUUUGAACGCGAACGAUGUGAAAAAGAAGAAAAAAUGGAAGGAUCUUUUUCGAAGAUCGUCGCGAAAAGACAAAGAGAAUCGCAAUCAUGUGGUCUCGUCGCGAAGUCUAUCGUCGGUCUCAUUCCGAAGCGAGAAGCCUGAACGGAGUCGUCGACGCGAGUCGGGAUCGCUGUCGAGAUAUCGAACCUCGGAAGAAUCGUCGUCGACGGCAACCACGGAUUACGAGGAGAUGACACCGGCACCUUCCUAUGUCAUCUAUCCGGCCUCGUCGUUUGUCCGCAGAUAUGCGACGAGGGAAAUGAUGAUGCCGGUGGUUGCGCCAGUGGUUUAUUUGGGAACAUCGAGAAGGGUUCAGAAUGUGGAUAAGUCGAGAAUCUAUCGAAGUCCGACUUAUCACUAUCAUGACGCGUUCGUCAACAGCCACGAAUGGACGCUGAGUCGAACGAUAAGCGAAAUGCGAUUGGGAAUCGUUGGCAUACCGACGUCCGGCAAAACGUCUCUUGUUCAUCGAUAUCUAACCGGAUCGUAUUCGUCAGAGGAGAGUCCCGAAGGCGGCCGCUUUAAAAAGGAGGUAAUUCUCGAAGGUCAGAGCCAUCUGUUGCUCAUUCGCGACGAGGGCUCGCAACAGUUGAAUGUGCAGUUCUGUCAGUGGGUCGACGCUGUCAUUUUUGUGUUCUCCGUGUGCUGCGCGCAAAGUUUCGAUAGUAUCCGGACGCUUGUCCAUGAGAUGAACAAAUUCCGCAACAUCAACGAUUUGCCGUUGUUUCUCGUUGGCACGAAGGACAACGUUUCGGAAAAGAAGGGACGCAUCAUUAGCGAGGACGAAGGACGACAGUUGGCGGCACAAAUGAAACGGUGUCAUUAUUAUGAAACGAGCAGCACGUAUGGGACAAACGUCGAAAGGGUAUUCAAAGACGCGUGUUGCAAAAUCAUUCAGCACCGACUUCUACGCGCCAAUUUCGGCUACACGACGGGCGGUGCGCAGACGACGCGAACGCCGACGCCAACGAAUCCCGAGAAUCGUAAAGACUACCAGGACGCGCGCUACAUGUCGUCGGCGGUGUUCGCGGCUCCGGCGGCCAUCCGACAACCGGGCGGCUAUGCGACGACGUCAGCGUCGCGACGAUCCGGCGUCAUUCAUCAUCGCGAUACGGCGUCGACAUCAGCGAUUCGAAGCGGAAGCGAGCGAUCAAUGUCGGCGAUGUUGAACACGCCGUCCUACACGACGUCCUACCGGAACGCCGGCGCCGUCUCGCCAUCGAGCAGUCAGAAAUCGGUGCAUUCCAUAACGAAUGGCAUUCAUUCGAGAUCAUCGGCCGCUCUGAUCGACUCGGACAUGACAUAUUCGGUGGAUUCGGUGGCUUCUGGAGCGCAACCCCAAACGAGCACAUCGCAAGUGUCGGCAUCGACGUCGCAUCUUCUGUCGUCAACGCCGUCAUCGACGCCGAACACACAACGAAAACAUCGGAGGAUAUCGAACAUAUUUGCUCGACCAAGAGAUGUUCAUGAAGAGAAGACGAAAGCGAUUGAGGCGCUGAACCUUGGCGUUGGUCGCGCGAUUCCUGUCAAACAGGGUUUGUUGUACAAAAAGAGCACGAAAUCGGCUCUGAAUCGCGAAUGGAAAAAGAAAUAUGUGUGCCUCUACAACGAUGGACGCCUCACUUAUCAUCAGAAUCUCAAAGAUUACAUGGAUAAGACGGUGCACGGCAAGGAGGUGUUUCUCGGCCUGGCGACGGUGAAGGUCUCGGGACGGCAACGGCCGCGGAAUACGCAGCGCGUCAGCGCCAUUCCACAAGGUGUCGAUCCGUCGAUUCCGACGCCGUCGAGUGGCAGCGGAACUCCGACGCUGAAAAACUACGAGUCGCGGAGGAGUGAUGUCGCCGCGAAUUCGGGUGACGGCACGUCUGGCGGCGGAUCGGAUGAUGCGAUCAAGGACAAUAAUCGCACACUGGAGCACUUCACGCCGCCGACGCAGCCGAAUACCGUGGCUGGCAAUACGAAGAAGAAGCGCGAUUCGCAUCGGAGGAUCGGUUCGAGUGGCAAGAACAAUGACGAGGACGACGAGUGUUUUGAGAUUGUCACACAUAAUCAGCAGCGAUGGGAAUUUUGUGCGGGAUCCACCGAGGAGCGCGAUGAAUGGGUGGCGGCGAUCGAAGAGCAGAUUGAGCUCGCCCUCACGGCGCAGACGAGUCAGCCGACGACGCGAGCCACAGGCAACAAGAAUCAGGUCCAAGCGCUUCGUCAGAUACCGGGCAACGAGAAAUGUGCCGAUUGCGGCCAACCGAAUCCCGACUGGGCAUCGCUCAAUCUCGGCACAUUGAUUUGCAUCGAGUGCUCCGGUAUUCAUCGGAAUCUCGGCUCGCAUAUUUCGCGAGUUCGAUCACUCGAGCUUGACGGAUGGCCGGUCGAAUAUCUCGCCGUGAUGCAGUCGAUCGGCAACGAGGCUGCAAAUCGCAUGUGGGAAUACAACAUCGGCGAUGAGAAGAAGCCGACCGGCGACAGUCCCAGAGAGGACAAGGAGAAAUGGAUCGAUCGCAAGUACAAGCAGAAGUGUUUCCUCGAGCUUCUGCCGCGUGACGAAUCGCCAUGUGCUCAAUUGGUCGGAGCCGUGCUGGCUCGCGAUGUCGCCAAAACGAGUCUCCUGCUCGCCAAUGGUCUUACGAGUGAAGAGGUCAACGCUACAGUAUCGGCGAAAGAUCGGCGCACCGUUCUGCAUUUGGCUUGCAGCAUCGGCAGUUUGGAGAUUGUCCAACUCUUGCUUUGGAAUAAUGCGGAUAUUCGGGCGCUUGAUGAGAACGGCCGAUCGUGUUUGUGGUACGCGCAGAACAAUGGAUUCGCUGAAUGCGUUGAGGUGCUGGUGACCGCCGGACUCGCGCCGGAUUAUGGUUGUCCGAAGCCGGCGACGAACGGCGGCGGCCAUCAUACAACGAUGAUAUCGUGCGGCGGCAAUAUGGCGGAGGGAUCGAUUUUGGGCUCAAUGGCAAACCGCGACUAUUCGUACAUUGGCGACGAAGUGAUCGCGCGUCGCGCUCCGCCGGUUCCUCGACGGAAUCUUCAAACUCAGCCGGAGCUCGAAAUGAUGCCGGCGAGCAGCAUUAUCUGA